UACCAUGGCCACGAACAAUAAUUACUCUUCUGUAAGCAUAGAGAGGGAGACAAGCUGGGUGCUUGACAUGGAGAAGAAACUAGCACGCAACAAUCCAGCUGAGCUCUCCGACGAAGAGACUCAAUGGAAGAAACCAUCUAUAUUCAGAUUGCCAGAUUUCGUGAGGAUGAUGAUGCCAGAUGUGUUCACGCCAAAAGUUGUCGCAAUCGGUCCCUACCAUCAUGGCAAAAAUCAUCUUCAACCAAUAGAGUUUCACAAGGAAAGGGCUCUCCACCACUUCCUGAAGAGGAGUCUCAAGUCUCUGGAAGUUUAUGUGAGAGAAAUUAAGACUGUAGUAAAGGAGCUGCAGGGCUCGUACGUUGGGCUUGAGGAGGAAUGGAGGGAUCAAGAUAAUUUCAUAAAGCUUAUGAUAGUUGAUGGCUGCUUCAUGCUGGAAGUAAUGAGGCUCGAUUCGGAGCAUUGUAAACAUUAUGCCCCUAGCGAUCCUUUCUUUGGUCUGCAUGCGUUGCAGCACAAGAUUCCUUACAUGAGGAGGGACAUGUUGAUUCUGGAGAACCAACUGCCUAUAUUGGCAUUCAAGAAGCUGGUCUCUGUUGAAAAAAACGUAGAUGAAAAUGUAAUUAUUAGUUAUCCACACAGCGCGUUUAUAUAUUUAUGUCUGUUGGCGGGGUUUACU